AUGAAACUUAUCUCGAAACAUAUCGUCACAGUUCAUGAUUUAAUUGUUGAUGAACAAGCUGAACAUAUUCUACAGUUAUGUUCAAUUAAUACAUUAGUUGCUCUUACUGAUAAGAUUUUCGAGUUUGCUCUGCUAUGGUGUGCUAAAACUUGUGAUAGGGAAGAUGAAGAUUGGAAUAAUCAAAAUGAAUCUGAAGAAAAUCAAUUGCCAAUCAUUACGGACGAUUUUCCAAUCAUUGAUGACGAUUCUUUCAUUUCUAAAAACAUUCGAUUUGCCGCUACUGGAGGUUUCAUCAAUGCUGAAAAUGCUGAAAUAGCACCCAAGAUGACAACCAUAAAAUCGUUAGGAUUGGAAAAGUAUUCUAGUGGAAGAUUGAGUCGUCUGUUUAAUUUAGCCUUUGAAAAAUUACUCAAAAACUAUGAACUUUGUAGAACAGCAAACGGCAUUGUUUUAACUAGACUUGAAUUACGUACAGCGAAGAAUGACCUUUUUUUGACGCGUAAGAUAUAUAUAACACCAUCAACCAUUCUUUAUGAAGGUCCUUAUGAUGAAGAAAAGUGUGCUGUUACGCGUGAGUAUGUUCAGUAUCAAGAUCGAUUUCUUCGCGUGACUUUUCGUGAUGAAGGUGAGACGAUUGAUUUUAAGAUGCCGCUUUAA